AUGUUUAACAAUACUUAUUAUAGUUCUAUUUAUCGUGAUUCUGAAGGAAUUAAAACUGGAAUGAUAAUUGAAACUUAAUCAGAAUAUGGAUCGUACUCUACUUAUUCUACCACAUCUUAUUAUGAUCUCUUUAUGUUUGUCGAUAUUCCUUAAUAUCCAAUUUAUUUCUCAGCUACAAGUAACUUUACGUAAAUAUAACAUUAAUUUUAGUAAUUCUAAUGUAGGAUGGGGAUUAAUAUCAAUCCAAGUUACAUCAGGACUUCAUCAUAUUAAUUGCUUAAUUCAGGAAGUAUCUUAUGAAUGUAAGAAAUGUAAUUCAAAUUAUUAUGUCAAUAAGUAAGGUAACUGCGAUCGAUGUUAGAAUGAUCUUUAAAAGAUUGUUGGGGAUAAAUGUUACGAUUUCCAAGAUGAAACACCUUGUAAUAAAAAUAAAUUAUAUCUAGAUUCUAAACUUUUGAUUAAAGAAUAUUUUGAUAAAUCCAAUAAUCCAGAUUAAUAUUCAUAAUAUAAAUUAAUUUCCAAAACAGGCGUAAAUUUAUUAAAAGGUAAGGAUAUAUAUUAUUCUUAUUGGCAAUAAAUUAGAAUAUUUGGUGGACCUUAUGUUUGGAGUUAGGCUGUUUUUGAGAGGAUUCAUAAAAUAGAGAAAGCACACCAUAGCAUAAGUAUUUCAUUUUAAAUUGUCUAUGGCCCUAGUUUCCCUUCAAAUAGUAAAUUUAUUUAUACAAUUGAAACAAAUUUACCAGUAUCUUGUUAAAAAAGUAGUGCAACAGCUAAUUAUCCUGAUGGUUCAAAGUUAUAAACAAUAAAUGAAAAGAUUACUCAUAAAAGUGAUCAAUUAACUAUUAGAUGGGAAUGUUAGGGACAAGACAAUGAACCAAUAUUAGCAUAUUGUGGAAUUUAUAAAUACUAUAUUAUUGUUCAUUAUUGUUAGCCUUAUUGUUUAGAAUGUAGUGAUUAAAACAAUUGUAUAAAUUGGGAUCAAUAUGAUUCAAGUUUGAUUAAGGUUUCAUAGAGUGAAUGUUAAAGUUAGGAGUACUAUGAUUCAUUCUUUUUAAAAUGUAAAAGUUGUCCUACUCAAUGUUAAAGUUGUAAAUCAUCAAUUGAUUGUAUUGAUUGUAAACCAACUUACACUCUUACUAAAUUAGGAUGUGUUUGCAAAACAAAUGAAUAUGAUUCAGGUUCAUUGUGUAUUAGUUGCCCAGAAUAAUGUGAACAAUGUCUCAGCUCUUCAUUUUGUUUAACAUGUUCAAUCUAAAAAUUUAGAACUUUAUUAAAUGGAUAAUGUGUAUGCUUUGAUGGAUAUUACUCAAUUUCAACAAGUCUUAUCUGUCUUAGAUGUCAUUUAUAUUGUAAAACAUGUUUAGGACCAUCUUAAGAUAAUUGUAAAGAGUGUUAGAAUAUACAAAAUAUUGAAAAAGUUGGAUCUACAUGUAAAUGUUAAAUGGGUACUGCAUUCUUGGAUCAACUUAAAAUAUGCGCUCCUUGUCAUUAAACUUGUUUAACUUGCUUUCGAAUCACAAUUGAUGGCUGUUUGAAUUGUGAUUCUAAUUUACAUCGAGUUCUCAGAGGGUUAAAAUGUGAGUGUUAAUCUGGCUAUUAUGAAUUAGAUAAUAUUUGUUAAAGUAUAUUUAUAUCAUUAAUUUAAGAUUGUCCUAUUGUUGAAGAUAGUGAUCUAAUUCAAUGCUAUAAUUUAUGUAAUGGCAAUUAAUUAUUGUGGCAUACUAAUAUAUGUAAUAAUUGUGAUAUAGGAUAUGAAUUAAUCUUAAAUCGUUGUUAACCCUAAUGUGGAGACUCUAGAUUAUUAAAUUCAUUUGAAGAAUGUGAAGAUGGCAAUAACAAUUUAGAUGAUUUAUGUUAUAAUUGCAAAUUUUAAUGUCCUAAACAUUGUUUAACCUGUAAUUCUACAACUACUCUUCCAUGUCCAGAUAUUUGUGGUGAUGGAAUAAUUACAGGUGAUGAAGAAUGUGAAGAUGGCAAUAAUAUACAAUAUGAUGGAUGUUACUAAUGUAAAUAUUAAUGUUAAACUUCCUGUACUAAAUGUAUUAUGGGAAAUUGUUUAGAAUGUUUGACACUUGGAUGGGUGGUUGAUACAUCAACGGAAUUAUGGACAUGCAAAGAAUAAUGUGGAGAUAACUUAUUAGUUGGAAACGAGCAAUGCGAAGAUUUAAAUACUUAAGACUUAGAUGGCUGCAAAGAUUGUAGAUAUUUUUGUCGAAUUGGUUGCUUAUCUUGUGAUUAUUCUAUCAAUAAAUGUUUAAGUUGUGAAGAAACAGGAUAUAUUCCUGAAAAGUUUUAUUGUAGAAAUGAUUGUGGAGAUGGAAAAAUAUUAAAUGGUUUUUAUAGAAUAUUGUCAUGA